CGCCUUCGGGGAGCAAUUUGUUCGCACAUUUCACGUUUAUCGGGGAAUAUUUCUUACUAGAUUUUUUUCCCUUCCCUCGUCGCAUCAAGCCUCGCAUCCUAUCCAGCAUAUCCUUUGCUUGGCCUUUCUCUCUUAGACUUUUCUCUUUCUUUUUCUCGAGCCUCCAAGUUUCAUUCAUUUCACAAUGGCCGACACGACCCAGGCUCCUAUGAACGGCGGCUACCCUGCGCAACACGCUUACCCCGACACCUUCACCCACGCCCCCGCAAACGUCAACAGCGCGGCCAGCUUCCAGCCUGCGCCCUCCUCUACUCCCUCGAACGCCCCCGCAAAUGACCAGAAGAAUGGUAUCUCGAAGGAUGAGGUUGGCUGGUACUUCGUGGAGCAGUACUAUACCAACAUGAGCCGCAGUCCGGAGAAGCUUCACCUCUUCUACUCUCGGCGUUCUCAGCUCGUUUUCGGCACCGAAGCUGAAACCGUUCAGGUUGCUGUGGGCCAGAAGGCUAUCAAUGACAAGAUCAAGCAGCUUGACUUCCAAGACUGCAAGGUCCGUGUCUUGAACGUCGACUCUCAGGCCUCAUUCGAUAACAUCCUGAUCUCUGUGAUUGGCGAGAUCUCAAACCGGUCCGAGCCUUCCCGCAAGUUUGUGCAGACUUUCGUGCUGGCCGAACAGCCCAACGGUUACUAUGUCCUCAACGACAUCUUCCGGUACCUUGUCGAUGAGGAGGAGAUUGAGCAAGAAGAGGCUGCUCCUGCUGCCCCUGCUGCCCCGGUUGAGGAGCCGGCUGCUGAAGAGCCUGCACAGCCUGCAGCUGAGACUGUCCCGGAGCCCGAGAAGGCCCAGGUAGACAGUGAGCCUGCCGCGGCUAAGGUUGACGAGAAGCUCGAGGAGGCCGAGCAGACUGCUGAGGCCAAGCCUGCCCAGGAGGAAGCUCCCCAGACCAAUGGAACCGCGGCUGAGGAAACCCCUGUCGAAGCUGCCCCGGUUGAGACUGAGGCCCCCAAGGCUGAGAAGCCCGCCACUCCUGAGCCCACCCCUGUGCCCGAGCAGAAGGAAGCUCCUGCUCCGGUCAAGGAGAGUGCUCCCGCCAGGGCGGUCCCUAAGACCUGGGCCAACAUCGCCUCCAAGUCUGGUGCCUCGGCCCCUGUUGUUCCCGCUGUUCCCGCUGCUCCGGUGAAGCCUGCUCCCGCUGCCAGCUCUGCUCAGGCCACGGCUCCGGCCCCUGCCCCCGCCGCUGCUCCUGCUCCCGCGGCCGCUGCCGCUCCCGAAGCCGCAUCCAGCCAACCUUCCUCGACUGAUGGUUCUGGCUGGCAGACUGCGGGCCAUGAUCACAAGAAGACCCAGUCCCGUGCGGGUGAGGAGAAUGUUCUCGCUUACAUCAAGAACGUCACCGAGAAGGUUGAUGCGAGCUUGCUCAAGCAGACCCUGUCUCGCUUUGGCAAGCUGAAGCACUUCGAUGUGAGCCGUGCUAAGAACUGCGCCUUUGUCGAAUUCAGUGAUGCCGCGGGCUAUGCUGCCGCUGUCGCUGCCAACCCCCACCAGAUUGGAUCCGAGCAGAUCUACGUGGAGGAGCGUCGCCCUCGUACCAAUGCCUUCGGUAACGGUAGCUACGGUGCGGGCCGCGGUGGCGCCGGUCGUGGUCGUGGUGACCGUGCGGGCAGCCAGGGCCGGGGAGGCUUCCAGCGCGAGGGUCGCGGAGGCUUUGCCCCCCGUGGCCGUGGCGGCAACGUCAACGCCAAGGGUCGCAACCAGGCCCAGGCUGCUUAAGCACCUUUACAAACAAAAGUACCUCUUGACGUCUAACGAAGAACGACGAGCGAACGUAAGCGGCGGUCAUUUCAGUGGACCUUGACCGCUUCGUU